AUGAGAUACGGGAGGCCUUGCGGUAGGUCAAACGCGGCCGUAGCGUCGCGCCUGGACGCGUGUCUAAAAUCUCGCAGCGACAUCAUCAAGCUCGAUGGCCUCCAGAACACCAGCCUACUCUCCAUGAGAGAGGAGUUGGGGAGAAGGUUCCGCAAGCCUGCGUCCUACUUCGACGCGCGCCGGGAAGAAGUCAACGAGCUGAUCCUCGAAACCCUGACCGAGAUGUACGGCACCGAUCAACUCCAGGAACUUAUCAAAUCCGAGGGUUUGGACGCGGUAGACAAUGAGAACAAGGUGGAAAGCCUGGAGGAGGAGCCUCCCACGACGAAAAGAGCCGCCCCGACGGAGGCCACAGAGGUCCUUCCCAGCAUCAUCUCGGAACCGGGUGACGAGGUGGAAAAAACUGCCAAAAGGGCAAAGCAGAGCCAGGCCAACAUCAUGACCCGUCGCGAAUUCAUGAAAAAUGCGCCAAAGCUCAAAGUACAAAUCGACGAUUCGGUGUUCAAUGUCGCGCCAAGAACCUUCUCAACCGACAGCUGCGGGUGGUACCUGAGCGACAAGGUCAAACUGGACAUAUGCGGGCAAACGAUUGUAUGCCAAGUCGGCCUUAACUGCACUGUUGUCGGAUCCAAGCAGUGGAAACCAUGA